CGAAAAUUGAGACCAUAUCCGUCUAUCUGAUACUCGGAGGUUCGAAGGGUUUAACGGUUCAGGGUUUUAGAGAGAGAGAGAGAGAGAGAUGGACUCUUCUUCGGUCGACUCGUCCGAGUUUCAGAGGUUCCUCGAGCAAGAAAAAGGAAGGGCUAUGGUGAACGAAAUGGUGGGGAAGCUCACAAGUAUAUGCUGGGAUAAGUGCAUAACCGGUACUCCAGGCAGCAAAUUCAGCUCUAGUGAAGUAUCUUGUCUCACCAAUUGUGCUCAGAGUUGCAGACACGAAGCGAUUGGCAUAAUGGUGCAGACUGUGAGUGUCAUGGGCAGUCAUGGUUCCAACAGAAAGCAUCACACCUUAUACAAUUUUAAGUAACACAACCUGAGACUGGGGGUAACUUUCUGCUCCUUCAAAGACCCGCUAGGUAUGCAUUUCUUCUCAAACUUGUUGAGAAAGCAAAGAGAACAAAAUAGUUUUCACACCCUUUGAGCAUGUGGAACUUUAGUUCUGCCACCAGCAUGCCAUUCGUAAGACUGCAAGUUCAUCUGCUCAUUUAGUUGCAGAAAGCUACUUCUGCAACCUGUGUUGGUGGAUUCAAAUCUGUGUGGGGAAGAUGGGGAGCAUCAGCUGAGAAGAGGCCAAAAAAUUGUCAUACUUCGUUGCAUCAUUGUCGAGCAGUACAGGGGAACUACACGUCUUUCAUUGUCCAUGAGGCUGUGGGUAAAGAAAAUCCCACCAAACUACCUAUGUUCCUGUGUCUCUCUGUGAUUGCCAAAAACAGUAGCACUUCUUUGAAAAAAAGGGCACACACACAGACAGAGCAAUACAGAUAAGAAGAGAUCACAUAAGCUUGACUGCGUCUCAUAUCCACUGUAAAAGUACUAAAAAACUGAAACAACAUUUUCAUACUAGUAAAACGGCAUCUGAAGCUUGAUCUCUGGU